AUGGAUUCCUUCAUCAUAGCGGCUCUGGCACUGUGCUCUCUGACGGCACCAGCCUAUGGGGACAAAGGCACCAGCAAAGCCCGGAGUUGUUCGGAUAUCAGGCAGUUUUAUAGCGGGAAAGGAUUCUCUAUUGAAAGUGUCCCUCAGGCUGAAAUAUCAGGGGAGCACCUGCGCAUCUGUCCUCAGGGUUACACCUGCUGUACCAGUGGCAUGGAGGACAACCUGGCCAUGCUGAGCUGCAGAGAGAUGGAGGGACUUCUCAAAGAUGCUGGACGAUCCUUACAGACCUCACUCACUGGACAGUACAAGACCUUUGAUGGUUACUUCCUGGAGUUGCUGAACCGCUCUGCGAUUAGCCUACAGGAGACUUUCACCGCAACUUGGGGUGCAGUAUACUCCCAGAAUUCGCAGGUCUUCUCUGACCUGUACACGGAUUUGAGGCACUACUAUCGAGGCUCAAAUGUCAACCUGGAGGAGGUGCUCAACGAAUUCUGGGCCAGGCUGCUGGAGAAGCUCUUCUACCAGGCAAACAAGCAAUAUUCCAUAGGUGAGGACUACCUGGAGUGUGUGUCUAAGCAGAUAGAGACGCUACGGCCCUUCGGAGACAUACCCCGUGUAAUGAAGAUGGUGGUCACACGCACAUUUGUGGCAGCACGUUCCUUCGUUCAGGGACUGGUGGUCACUGGGGAGGUGGUGCGCAAGGUGUCCCAGGUGCAGCUGAGCCAGGAGUGUACGCGAGCCAUGAUGAGGAUGACUUACUGUCCCCACUGCCGGGGCAUGGCCUCUGCCAGACCUUGUGCCAACUACUGCAGCAAUGUCAUGAAGGGUUGUCUGGCCAACCAAGCUGACCUCAACACUGAGUGGAGGCAUUUGGCGGAGACAAUGAUGCAGGUGGCUGAUCGCUUUGAUGACCCAUCUGGUGUGGAUAGCGUGGUCCUCUCCCUUCCCAAUCGCAUAUCAGAAGCUAUGUUGACCAUGAUCGAUAAUUUACAGACCAUCAACAGCAAGUUGUUCCAGGCAUGUGGCAACAUCAGAGAGGGAGGAACCAGCAGCACAGGAGUUGAUGACUCCAUGAAAAGAGGGAGGGUUACAGUGGAGGACAGGCUGGAAGCCAGCUCCAACAAAAUGAACAAACUGGUGUCUGAUGUAACUGUGAGACUGAGGGACUUGCAGUCAUACUGGGUUUCUCUUCCGAGUAUGCUCUGCAGUGACAGAGUGGCCACCGGAACGGGGGCCGAGGAUAAGUGUUGGAACGGCAUGAACCGUGCCAGGUACCUUCCUGAGGUGAUGGGUGAUGGCCUGGCCAGUCAGAUCAACAACCCUGAAGUGGAAAUCGACAUCACCAAGCCAGACAUGACAAUACGCCAACAGAUAAUGCAGCUGAAGAUCAUGACGCACCGCCUGAAGAAUGCUCUCAACGGCCAGGACGUGGACUUCCAGGACACCAGUGAUGAUGUCAGCGGUUCGGGAAGUGGCAUGUGCGCCGAAGAAAUGUGUUCCCGGGACCCACGCCUUGUCAACCCCGUCACUGAACGACCAAUAAUACGCUACCCUUUCCCUCCUGAAAACAAGAAGGUGAAAGCCUCAGCCAAUCAGAACCUCCCCUGCAUCACCAUUUACCUGCUUUCACUGCUCAUCUUGCUGCUCCGGCGAUAAUUGAGGGGGAAUCUACCAACCGGGACUGAGUUUGGGACACGGGGUUGGGGAGAGUCUGAAAUGGGAGGGAGGAGAAGUUUGGGGGUUAGUUACUUUGCCAAAACUAAAUAAGUAUAAGGAAACAACAACAAAAAAAAAUCACUUGGACGGACUUUGUUUUGGUUUUGGAUUAGAACAAAAUGGAAUGACGACUAUUCAUAAAUGUUUUGGUUCUGCUCUGGUCUUUUAUUUCCUGCUAUAUUAUGACACCAUUAGAGCUGGUCUUUUCGCAUCUUCUAAUGUUUUGUUUCUGGUGUUUUGGUUCUCUGAGAUACUAUCUGUACCUAAGACAUGUGUAAGACUAUAUUGCUAACAGUAUGUUGGUGUUGACACCACAGGGAGAGGGAGAAUGGGGCUUUGCAGUGGUACUCGGAUAGACAUAUUUUAUUCCACUCCUUUGAAACGGCACUUGUUUUCAGUAGAAUUUAUUUAUUUAUUAAUAACUCACAAUAGAACCCAAUAUUUAUAGGAAAAGAACACAAACUUCAAUGAAAUAUAACAUUAAUGACUUUUACAGGAGGAUAAUCUGGACAUCACGACUCACCAGACCUCUUAAUGCAUCAAGCCUCACAAUGUCAUUAAACGUACACACACUUUCUCACAACGUGGGUGAGAGCACUCCGCGUCAGCACUUUUUCCAUUUAAGCUGUAAUAAUAGCCGUGAUCACAUUCACACUGACAUGAUCGUCUAAUGUAGGAGUAACAUGACCCACCAUCCACCACUCCAUCCAUCCACUCAUCCCCACAUUCCCUCUGCCACCCCCACCCCUCCCCGCCGGGGCAGAUCUCCCUCUCUCUCUCCAAACCCUGCUGGCAGUGUAGGAUCAACUCGAGAGUCUGGUGUAAGCAAAACACAUGCUAGGCCGGGCCAGGUCUCAGAUGACAGCAGCUUCCCACUAUAGAGCACUGUAUGUGGAAUGGUGACGGCGGGGGUGGGGCUGGGGGGGUGUCGGUUUAAGAUCGCCCUCACAGCAAAGGAUUGACAGUUCAUGAUUUUGGAAGCUUGUAGCAAAGCAGAAAUUUACACAGAAGCAGAAACACUGCUGUCAUGUAGCGCUUUUUUUUUUUUUUUUUUUUUUUUUUUUUUGCAGUAUUCCUUUUAUGUGCACAGCAAAGCAAAAAUAUAUAACAUGCAUAAUUUUGUGUGCUCCCUGCAAAGGCCCAGUGUUCCUGUGAUUAGCAUCAUAAUUGCAACCAGCAGUGUCAUAUGUUUUUGUCUAAUUGCAGCAAUGAUUCAUAUCACAGUCCAAGCCACACCGUGCACCGUGUUUGAAUUGUUCUACUAUUUCGAUGGCAGACACAGCAGUGUACAUAUUUUUGAUUGCUUCUUUGUUGUUUUCUAGAGGAAAUAGCCAAUUAGGUAUCACAAUUUUAUAAUGGCCAGAUCAUUGUAUGCUUUAACUCUUAAUUCCUUCAUCAUCUGUCAUAGUGUAUUCAUAUCUGCCUUCCAUUUUUCUGCAACUUUUCUAUAUCAGUGCCUCUUUCUUCCCACCCCCGACUCCCUCUACCCGUCUCCCCGCUCAUCAAUUAUUAUGACCUUUAAAGCGUUCCUCAUGCUUCUACAUGAUGGCAAGGCAAUAUGACAAUGACACAGUGGUUCAUUACGUGUCAACGUUAGUGGAAAUGUUGUGGAAACACAGUGUGAGGCUUUUUCCUGAUGAGAAGCUCGCUGGGGAGGAAACAUGUACCACAUUUAAUUCAAAGAAAUGUCAAAGCUCUCGUUUAAGAACGCUGUGUGCAGGAUGAUGGGACAGUGUUUGCAUGUGUGUACAUGUUUUUGUGUUUGCGUGUGAAUGUGUGUACUUGUCUUUUGAUUGAUUGAGCAAAAGAGGGGACGGACGAUAGAGCCUUUAUAAAUCUUGUCUGGAUGCCACAGAAAUGAAAUGUAUUAAAAUGUAUUGGACUAACAUUAUAUGCUAGAGUGCUAUUCAACUGACAGCAAUGGGAGAUUAAUAUAGCUCAUUUUUCCAAACUGGUAUUUUCAACCUACUACUGUAAUAAUUCACAAUCCCUAUUGAUGGUAUCUCUACUUGUCAGUAUUGUAUGUGACAGAGAAAUGAAUAUGGAGGACACAAAUGGACAUCAUUGCUUCAGUUGUACACUGGGACAAUCCACUAUAAUUCAUUUUGUGAAAAAAAAAAAUCUAUAUGCACCUGACGGUUGGUAAUACUGCAGAUCCAAUUAAGUAGUUUGAGGCUCUGUCAAAGUUUGAGAAGCACAUCUGUUAGAUACUUGGUUAAUUACCGCUCUGGAAACGGGUGAGGUGGUUGUCAUGCGUGUUACUUGACAGGUUAUUUUGAUGGUAUUUUCAGUUUUUGACAUGCUUUAUUAAUGACUGCUUUGUUGCUCUGUGUGUAUGCGCGUUUAUGUGCGGGUGUGUGUGUCUUUCUCUUAGUCCCUGGUUAUGAAAUCUGCCUGUGACUGCCUUUGACACUUUGUAUAAGGUUGGGGUCAAUUUUGAGAUUUAAAAAGACAGAUAUAGUGAUAUUAGACGUUCAAGUGGGGAAAAAAUACACAUAUUAAACAAAGAACAAUUAGCAAGGGCACCGCACGGGUCCUCUUUUUGUGACCCUUUAGAAAAAUCUCAAUAUGAAUGUGAAAGUACACAACAUGCCCUGUAAAGAAUGAGAAAUGACUCCAACUGUGAUGGUGACAUUCCAAUUCAAAGACGACUUGCGACUUUAGACUCAGAACUUGAGUUAUAUUGACUGCCUCACAAUGUCAUGGGCUGAAAUUUGCACAAACCCCCCCCCUCCCCCCUCCCAUCCCUACCCCCAUCCCACCCCACCCCUCCUCUCUCCUCCUUCACCUUUUGAUCCCAUUAAUUUGUUGCUCAAGUCCUCCCUCCCUUUUAUAAAAACCUGCACUUUUAUGAGGCCAAUAAAUGGCAUUGUCUGCACAAAGACAUCACAAGAUGGUCAAUCGAUGCGUGAGUCAACACCUUCCAGGAACGACUAUUGAUUGGGGAUGUGUGUAUGCAGAUAGAUAUGGCCCAGCAAGACGUCUCCUCUUCAACUACAGUGAAACAGUGUAAACUCAAAGCCCCUGAGUGCGAGAGGAAGCAGGAGAAAGGUCUGUCCAGAACGUUGACAAUCCUGCCCUCAUUCAUUACUUUAGGUGGCAAAAAAAAUAAUGCAAAGCUGAUUAUCCAACCAUUUAAAAACUGCUUUAUUCUACACUGUGUUGAGUAUGAGAGGCAUUUCUGUAUGGUGCCAAUUUAUGAGGAAAAAAAAAAAAGUACUUUUCAUUUUCUUGUUUUUAUUUACUUCGGUUUUGUUGUUACCAGAAAUCUAUGGAGAGUUUGUGCUUAUGGUGAAGAUAGAUGCCAGAAAGAGGUCGAAAAAUACAAAUGUCUCAUUUGCUGUUGUACCUGAAAUCUUGUGUCAAUUAUAUACAUUGUAAGAUUUUCAA